GCUUGCUUGGCCCAAACCGCCAUCCUCAGCCUCAUCGCGCUCAGCCUAGCUCAGCAACUCCGACCUCAGCCCACAACUCCAGAAACCAUGGCUGCCCGCCUCCGUCAUACAUUCCAUUAUCCUUCUGACGAUGACGAGGACGAGGCAUUGGCUUCCACCGAAGUCCUCGACGAGCAAGAACAAGAAAACCUCAUAACCAAACUCGCAACCGAGAACCGCCAACGCAACACUUCCUUUUUACGCCUCCUCUACGUCCUCCCCGCGCUAUCGUCCAUCCCCUUCCUAUUAGGCCUCCUCCUCCCGCCAACCUCCUCCUCACCCACCACCACCAAUGCCUCACAUCACCCCAUCCUCUGCUUGCUCAGCCUCUCCUCGCUGCUCGCGACAGGCUGGCUCCUCUUCCGGCAGGAAGUCACCGAGACAGGCUUUUCAUUCCUCGACCAAACCCGCACCACCGCCGCCCUUUUCCCCCAUUCCAAACCCACCGCUUCCGAAUCAAGUUCCGACGCCUCCCCCGGCGGCGGCUACAGCUACGGCUACGGACUCUCACCAAAACCAUUUAUACAAAAACCUAGAAGCCCAGCCGGCAUACUCGGAACAAAUCCCCCCCUCCUGGUGAUAAACCACCACCAAGGAGGAGGAGGAGGAGGCACAAAUAAAUCCCCUCUCGAGCUCCACCUCCCCCGACUCAACCUCGCCCUCGCCUCGCUCUCCCUUCUCACCGGGAUUUUAGAACGUGGCGAUCAGGUCAGCAGCAGCAUCACCACCGGCGGAGUGAACCCUCUGCUGCUUGGGGCUCUGCCGGGGGUAGUCUACGGGUCCGUUGUCGGGGCCAAGGUGGUCAUGGCCGGGGUUGAUCCCGAGAGGGAGCUGAGCGGGCUGAAAUAUGCGUACAAAGGUGCAUGAGGAAACGUGCUACGAAAUAUGUGUUUUUUGGGUGUUGCGUUUGAUUAUUGGGGUGGUAAGGCAUUGCACGGCGUUUUGGUGGUUUAGGCAACAGGGUGGUCUGAUAUCCUCCCGAGUAUGACGCAGCGCGCAUUAAGGGAGUAACUAGUAUGGGGUGGACACGAAGCGGUGUUGGAGUUGCUUACGGUUUGCUCCUGUCAAAUGCCCUCCGCUGAAUUCGCAGCUGGUACAGUAACCCACAGCCCUGCUUUUAUGUGCCGUGUUGUUCCAUUCAGCCAACCCGUGUCCGGUGCAUGCAUGCACCGCCGCCAUCUACACAU